AUGCCUGUGUCUCGCUUCGCAGCGGCGUUUCCACGCGGAAAAGGCGUCCUGGUCUUCCUCAACGCCACCAGCACUGAUGCCGUGUGCGCCUCCCUCAUUCUGUUCGAGCUUCUGGACUUGCUGAACGUGGCGGGACCUCAGGCUCUCUGCCCGGUGUCAUCCAACGAGGAACUCCGGGAACAGCUGGAGAAGCAGACGCAGGCUGCCAAUUCGGUGUCACCUAACCAGCGGCUGUCCACUCUUGUCUUUGUGAACUGCGGGAGCCCCAGCGAGCUGUCCGGCGUGGAUUUCUGGACAGGCGCGUCCGUGUUCAUUUUGGACCACAGGGAGUUCAGCCGACAGCAGCUGACCAUUCCUGAGGUCGAUGUGUUCACCCUGGAUGGGACGCCGGACGAAGGGGAAGAAGAAGUGAGGAGAACAGCUGCAAUGAGUGCGCUGGCUGUUGCACAUGCCAAGAGGAGCGCAACAAGAAAGAUGUUGCAAACGGCCAUGGUUGGCAUUGAAGAGUUACGAUCAGACGCAUCCGAUGAGCGGAUGAUUGGUCUGCAUAAUAAUCUCAGAAAGCAGGCUGCAGUUUUCAAUCCGCCAGUAACAGAGGAAGUCAGGCCACUUGAUGAUUUCGACCUCCCCUUUCUGCGACACUCGUCACUGCUGCAGACUCUACACCUGUCGCCAUCCUUGGCCCCACUGUUCAAGAGUUGGACCAAAGAGGGCAGGAAGAGGGUUGGGGUCUUCUUGAUAAAAAUGGGGUAUCCUGAGAAUACACACAACAUGAAAUUCGGCGACUUGCCAGAUGGCCAGGUUACCAACUUCUGGGAUGGUUUCAAGGAGAAAUGUGCAAGGGAGGGUGCCCAGCUUCGCAGUUUCAGGACUUUUCUAUUCUCUGUCCUCGAGACCAAUGACCGAAAAGUAGAAGUGACAGCCAGGGACUGGAGUUGCGCUAUGGAGGGGUUGCUGCAUGAUGAGCACCCACCUGAGCCAUGCUCACCAGUCGAGCGGGCUCUGGCGAUGCUCUCCAACCAAGACAUGUGCCUCUUCCACAAAGGCAGAAAGCUGUGGUGGACAAAACAGAUCAGGCAGACGCCCAAAGGCAGUGCUGCGGCUGACAAGCGCAGAAGAGCAGAUGGUGUGGAUGUGACCUCACGAAGGUCGUCGAGGAGGAGAAUACAAAACUGA